GUGUCAAUUUUUCAUUUUGACCAAUAGACGGGCUUCUUGUUUGCGAGCUUUUCAAAAUUUAAAGCACGUCGCGAAUCUACAUGGAACUGGAAGUGUGUAUUGAUUGUGAAACAGCUGAUUUAUAAACGUCAUAAACUGUGAUACACAUUGAAAUAUUUAUCAAAUAUGGAAGCAAAACGGAGGGAGAGCAUGAAGAUGGAGAUAGGCCAGUGUUUAGAGCACGCCCUAGACAAACUGAGAGAUAUCUGGAAUGAGAUCGGUAUUUGUGAGGACCAGAGGGUAGAACGCCAGAAUGUUGUUCUGCAUCACAUCCGUAACCUGCUAUCAGAGAUGGUGACAGAGGAGGAAUCCCUCAGGCAAAGACUCAUGAAGAGUGUGGCAUCAUCAACAGAGAAGGUCCACACGCUUUGUAUAGAAUUGGCACUUCAGCAAUAUGAGCCCGAGAGCGGGAUCUCCAUCCUGCAGCUGGAGAAAGCAUUGAGACUCCAGGUGGAGCAGCUGAGCAAGGAGAAAUCAGAUAGACUGGGUUCCCUGGAGGGCCUGCAGACGGUUGAACAGAACCUCUGCGACACCCUUUGUACCACACCGUAUUACAUUCCGUCAGGGACGGUACCCUCACAGGAACAGCUUAGCAUCCUCAGAGAACACAUCGAUACACUCACAGCAGAAAAGGACCAGAGAUACAAAACCUUCACCAGCACCAAGAAGGAAAUCUUAGUCUUGAUGGAGCAUUUGGAACAAGGACCGGAGACAUCGUUUGAGAGAGAGAUCAUCUGUGAGGAAGAAGAGGCAUUUGUCCUCUCCAAGGAGAACAUACAAGCUCUAAAAGAUCUUCAUCAAGAGCUUGAGUUCAAAGACACAGAGAACAAGCACACAGCAGAGGAUUUAAGAGACAGAGUGACAGCUCUAUGGAACAGACUCACCAUCCCACAGGAGGAGAGAGACGAGGCUUCACCAAGGCUUCAAGGACACAAACCAAGCAACCUUGCCACGCUCCGAGAAGAAGUUGAGAAGUUAGAGAUCUUGAAGAGACAGAAUCUGAAGAAGGUCAUGGAUGCCAUACGGUGUGAACUAGAGAGCUGGUGGGAUCAGUGUUUUUAUAGCAGGUCACAACGCAACCAGUUUGAGGCAUUUUAUGAAGAUGACAUCACCGAAGAUCUCCUGACGCUGCACGACGAGGAGCUGGUCAAGGUCAAAGGUCACUACGAGAGGAACCAGGAGAUGCUGGAUGCAGUCCGGAAGAGAGAGGACAUGUGGAAAAAGAUGCUGGAGUUUGAGAGGAAAGCAAAUGAUCCUAACCGUUUCAACAACCGAGGAGGAAAUCUCUUGGAAGAAGAAAGAAUCCGACGAAAACUCAACAAGGACCUUCCUAAGAUUGAAAGGAACCUCUCAGAUAGGAUAGAGGAAUACGAGCAACAGACCGGUGAAGAGUUCCUGGUGGAUGGAUGUAGGUUCAUGGACUACGUAGCGGCCCAGUGGGCAGCACAUGAGAACCAGAAGAAGGUCAUCAAGGAAGAAAGGCUGAAUGCUCGUAAACGUCAGACGGAAGCUGAGAUGCUCCAUGGUAGUAAACCAAGCACCCCAGUCAAGAGGAGAUUUGUUGGUCUUACCCCAACCAAGACACCAAAGAGAUUAAGAGGGGCGAAUGGCAGUGUAGCGGCAUCCCCAAGACUUGGCAUGUCAUCUGUUCAUUCUAGCAUUAUGCCUUCCCCUAGAGCUAGCAGGACCAAGCCCCCCACCGGAGCCUCUACUGCAAGGACCCCUAAGAAGUUGAGGAACACCCCUGCCCGGAACACCUACCGCAAGGUGCUCGGAGACAAGAACGGUAGUGGUUCGUCUUCUGCCUUUAGUACCAGCACGGUAUCCGGGGGUCAUACACAAUCUAAUAACAUGAGCACAUUGUCCGUCACAUCAUCCUGCGGAACAUAUACAGACUUUGCAAAGGAGCUUGAAUUGCAGAGUAGGAGGUACUGCCGUAGCAGCACAGUUGCGUCUCCAACAUGAGGACUCUCAGACGAGUGUACUUUAGAGGGGAUCUAUAGGGCUGCACACAACUUGAAAUGUACAUAAGGAAUGCAAAACUCCACCUUGCAUAUAACUGCAGACGUUACUCUGUCAUAACAUGUCUUCAGCCCCUCCCCCUUCUUUUUCAUUGUUAUGUUUUGUUUUCAUAGACUUCCUAAUUUUUAAUACUGAUAGCGAUCUUUUUUUUUCUUCAUUUUUAUACAAUAUUGCUAAAAGUGCUGUUAGGAGACAAAAAUCCAGAGGAAAAAUUCGAGCAAAUCAGUCAUGAUUUGUGAAUUUUAUUGCAUUUCAUCAAACAUUUAUAAAUUGAGAAUUGAAAUAUACCAUUUGACUGUUGAAGUGUAUGAAAGAUAAAGCAUAUGAUCAGUCGAUUGAAAUACUUAGAAAAAUGUCUUCUGUUUAGAAAAAGUCUCAUUUAUGCUACAAUGUAUUCAGUUAAGCAUUCAAAAUAAACCUUACAUAAAAGUUUUUUGCUAUUGCUAAGAAUAGAUCGCUAAAAUAUGUCUAUGAAAGAUGUGUAUUUAUUUAUUUCUUCUGAGAUGAUAACUUUGCAAAUUACAUUUAUGCAAUAAUCUUAGUACGUAUAGGACUGAUUAUAUAUUCCUUGCUCUUCUUUAUUUGUAAAUAUUUCCUAAAUUUUUGUAAAUAUUUUUUAUUUGGGAGACUUAUUGCACAGAAAAACAUUUACUUGCCUCAAACGAGACUUGGUGACUACAGUUUGCAAUACUAGAGUCAUACAAAUAGCUGGUGUAAAUUGAUCUUAGAUAUUUUCAGGAUAGCAUUCAUUGUAAAGUGUAAUUUAUCACAAAUUAUCUUAAAUUCACAUUUCCUAAAUUAAUUGAAUUGUGAAUGAAAUAUUGUGUUCCUGAAGACAUACUACUUGGGAAAGAAUAAAGAAUGUUUAAAAUGAUUGAAAAAGAAAUAAUAAAAAUUUUAUCUUUAAUCUUUCCCUUCAUCUUCGAUUCAAAAAUUGAGAUUAAGCUCUGUUGGAUAUGCUGAUUUUAAAUGCAUCAUUAUAGUG